AUGACCAAGUCGUCCCUCAAGCAAACAACACUAAACGCCCUCGCCAACUCCUUCACGCCAGCAAGCGCCCUCGCACUAGGCAAGAAGAACGCCGCCGCCGCCGCCGAAGCCAACACCAAGAAGGGAAUCAAGCGCAAGACCGGCAAAAGGGGCCUCCAAAUCAUCCAACCCCUCCAAGCGUCAGUUUCCAAGCAAAAAACCCCCUCCCCCCCAAAACCACCAUUCCAACCCCAGCGACAACUGACCAAACAAAGAAAAUCCAGCUCGUCAGAAGAGGACGCCAAACCCCUCAACCCGCGGCAGCCCCCCUCCCUCUCGUCAGGCGGCAUCCCCUCCCCUUCCACGCGCUACCUGGCGCAGUCCCUCGCGCCGCCCACGCAGCUCCCCCAGCCGCGCCGCAUCCUCGUCAUCCUCGACCUCAACGGCACCCUGCUCUACCGGCCCUCGCGCCGGCGCCCGUCGCACUUUGUCGAGCGCCCCCACGCGCGGAGCUUCCUCAAGUACUGCCUCGACACGUUCCACCUCGCGAUAUGGUCGUCGGCGCGGCCCGACAACGUCAACAGCAUGGUCGCCCAGCUGCUCGCGCCCGACGAGUGCGCGCGGUGCGUCGUCGUCUGGGCCCGCGACCGCCUCGGCCUCUCGCCAGAGGACUACGACGCCCGCGUCCAGGUGUACAAGAGGCUCUCCACGGUCUGGGACGACCCGCGCGUCAGGGCCUCCCACCCGGACGCCGCCCGCGGCGCCUGCUGGGACCAGUCCAACACGGUGCUAGUGGACGACUCGCGCGAGAAGGGCCGGAGCGAGCCCUACAACAUCCUGCCCGUGCCCGAGUUUUCCGGCCUGCAGGGGGAGUCGCCGAAUGUCUUGCCCCAGGUCCACGAUUAUCUGAAUGCCCUGUGCUUCCAGGCCGACGUCAGUCGGUACAUGCGCGAAAACCCAUUCCGUCUCGACUCUGGGUACACGUUACCAGAGGCUUUUUGA